GCUUUUUUUUUUUGUUCACUAAGCUCAACUUCUUCACAACGCGGCGCGUCUGCCCUUUGUCGCGGGAGGCUGUAGGUAGAUUGUAGACACAUUUUCAUAGAUAUUUGUGUUUUUGCUUUUGUUUUUUACUUAUUAUGCGUCUGUGAAUAUUUCAUAUAUCGCUGAGCGAUUUUGUGCGCAGGUUCAUUUGAGGCUAGAAUUCAUCUGGCGGUUAUAUUUCUACCUGUUUUCUAUAUUCGAGCCACAUAUGGACAUACCGAAGGAUAAUUUCUGCUUUCAACCUCUCGACGUGAGAUGAAACCCAGAGGAGAUGUUAUAUAUACUGAAUGACGACAAGAAGAGGACGCGCUAUUUCGGCACAUGAAUUUUGCGUGCGGACACACAUCACAUGCGCUGAAUAUAAAGAGGCGAAUAGGCACUGGUUAUGGUUUGUAAGAACCUUUCAUUUCAGGAUUGCUCAGAAUGCUUCAAUUGUAAGCCAUCAGCUUCAAUUUAUAACAAAGGAACGCUAAUGCAGGCAUGCUGAUUCAUACAUUGUGCAAUAUAUUUUGUAACCAUAACGUAAUGGAAGUGUUAUAGUGAAUAUAGAGAAGGUUUCCUCUUAUAGGCUAUUCAGGCAGAUGAUGGUGGCACACUAAAGCCAUUAACACCCCAAUGGCUGACACUGGCAUAUAUGCAGUAUAGGAUAUCAAAUAAUCUCUUUUCUCUUAGCAUUAGGGGUUCAUGUUCAUUUGCUAAUUAGCAUUAGUACUUUUUAAGUCUUAAUUUAGAAGACAGGAUACUUCAGAGACGAUAAUCAGCUUAAGGUCUACAGCAGCUAUAGCUGGUAGCACUUUUGCAUUGUGCAUCUCAAUUGGUCCAUUGCCCCUAUAACAGCUACUAUAGUAUUUCUAAUAUAAUGGACACCAAUCACAUGGAUGAUGGUUCCUCCAGCGAUGGCAUGGAGAUGGAGAUCAUGCCUGGCUACAUGGAGCUCAUCACCAGAGCUUAUUCAGUCAUGUUCAGUGCCUUUAGAGACUGUAAAGACUGCGGACUGGAGCGGUCCAGAAGAACCUUGCUGGACCAUGCAUACAUAACCUGGAUGGAGAUCUUCAUGUUCUUCAUGUGCGUGGUCAUGUGGACAAAGGUGCGCAGGGGACUGACAGUGUACAUCUUUGAGCCUUUUGCACAAUGGUGUUGUAUCCUGCCAAAAGAUGUCUCAAAGAUGCCAGAGAGUGCGUGGAAGCUGGUCUUCUACACAAUGUCGUGGUCGUACAGCACCUACCUGUUGUUUUUCACUAGCUAUUCCUUCUUUCAAAACCCCCCAUCUGUGUUUUACGACUGGAAGAGCGGGAUGUCAGUUCCCAUUGAUAUCACAAUAGCUUACCUAAUCCAGGGCAGCUUUUAUGGCCAUUCCAUAUAUGCCACCAUCUACAUGGACGCCUGGAGGAAGGACUCCCUUGUCAUGGUGGUGCAUCACUUCAUCACUCUGGCCCUGAUCACAUUCUCCUAUGCCUUCAGAUACCACAACAUUGGCAUUCUCGUCCUCUUUCUUCAUGACAUCAAUGACAUACAGUUGGAGUUCACCAAGCUCAACGUUUACUUCAAGACCCGGGGAGGGAAGGAGUACCUUAUCAAUGAUGUCCUGUCCAACAUGGGGGCCAUUAGUUUUAGCAUCACAUGGUUUUGGUUCCGUUUGUACUGGUUCCCCCUCAAAGUGCUGUGGGCCUCCUGUGUCACCAGCAUCCAGUCAGUUCCCAACAUCCCUUUCUACUUCUUCUUCAACACACUCCUGUUUGCUCUGCUCCUCAUGAAUAUCUACUGGUUCCUGUUCAUUGUAUUGUUCGUGGUGAAGGUCUUGACGGGCCAGAUGAAGGAAGUAAAUGACGUCCGGGAGUACGAGGAUGAGGACCUAAAAGGGAUAAAAAAAGACACUAAUGAUCAGAUGUCUACUGAAGGGAAACAUGUGCAGAACGGGAUCAACAAGAAGAAACAUCUAUAAUGUCUAGGUGCUGCCACCUGCAGGCACUUAACGAUGACUGCAAGGUACUUAUAUGACCUAGUUGAUUCUAACCUCAGAAUGCCAAGGUGCUUGGACAGUCAUAUGAAGAAACAAUAUCGACCAUCAUCUGCGUUUUAGCCCUAUUGUUUUUUUAUUAUAAUUGUUAUCAUAGCACUGUGAAUGUUAUUUGUUAUCUGUCUGGUGUAUUGCUUAAUUAUUUUUUUAAUGAGUUAAAUGAGUGACCACUCAUUAAUUGUUAAUCAGGAACUUACUGCGGGAGUGACUAUGAUAUCUCUGCCCGUGAGAAACAAACUAAUGCAUUUUGGAUCUAAUGCAUUUGAACAGUGGAAACUGCGAUAACCAGGUUUUGUGGUCGUCAUCUGGGACAGCAGUUUUUUUUUAGAUUUAGACCACUGUUUUUGUUGUUCUGAUGUAUUUAUUUUCAUUCCAGGAGUGAACGAAUUAAAAAGAGUUAAUACGUAACUUGUGGUAGUGAGUACUAGUGGAGUGGUUCUCAAAUGGUCGAAGGUCUGAAAAACAGGAAAAGGAAAUGUUAUAAGCGUAUCAUUUCAAUGCAAAUGAUAAAAUGUUUAGUUAGAGCAGUAAACAAAUUCUUACCUUAUCUUUUGUUGUUGGCAUUAAAGGGCUGGUUGUGUGUCCAAUCACACUUUGCCAAAGAUUUGUGUUCGUUAAUAGCUAGUCAAAUCUCUUGAAAACCAUGAACAAAAUCUUGCAUGGUAAAAAAAAACAAAACAAAACAAAAAAAAAAACAAACACUCAAAAUACAAUAAAUUUAGGUUAAUUUGCAACAAGGAUAAAGAGUUUGUGCAUAAGUCAUUUUAGCAGUUCUGCAUGUUAAAAAAUAAUCAAAUGAAGUGAGUUCAUUCUUAAAACAGGAAUUGUUUUUUUUUUUUAAAUUAUGUUCAUCCUACUAAACUUAAUUCUGAUUCUUUUUAUAGAUGUUUUUAUAGUGAAAAAAGUUAAUCGCUUCUGUAAGUUUAUGCUUAAAAAGUUCUCAGUAAUACUAAUACUUUUCAAGUUUGAGAACGAUUUCUUUAACUUUUGUACAAUACGUAAUACAAAAUCACUA